UGAAGACGCGCAUGAGGAGAGAAAAAUUUGUUUGCGGCUUUUUAUGUUGUGAAAAUAGCAGAAAAUGGUAACAAAACCAACGCAAUCGCUGAAUAUAGACAUCAACUUCGAAGAGGAGGAUGUUCCGUACGAGGAGGAAAUUCUGCGAAAUGCCUACUCCGUGAAACAUUGGCUGCGCUACAUAGACCACAAGGCCAAGGCACCGAAUAAUGGUGUUAAUCUUGUCUUUGAGCGUGCCCUAAAGGAACUCCCUGGUAGCUAUAAGAUCUGGCACAAUUAUCUGAGAACCCGCAGGAAGCAGGUGCGCGGAAAGAUACCCACGGAUCCCAUGUACGAGGAGGUCAACAGCGCCUUCGAACGAGCCCUGGUUUUCAUGCACAAAAUGCCACGCAUCUGGAUGGAUUACGGUGCCUUCAUGACCGCGCAAUGCAAGGUGACCCGCACACGUCACGUUUUCGAUCGUGCUCUUAGAGCUCUGCCCAUCACACAGCACGGCAGGAUUUGGCCACUAUACCUGAAGUUUGUACGUAGCUUUGAGAUGCCGGAAACAGCUUUGCGUGUCUACCGUCGUUAUCUGAAACUCUUCCCCGAGGACACCGAGGAGUAUGUGGAUUACCUGCAGGAAGCGGAGCGUCUUGAUGAAGCUGCGCAGCAGUUGGCGCACAUCGUGGACAAUGAGCACUUCGUUUCCAAGCACGGAAAGUCCAAUCAUCAGCUGUGGAACGAGCUCUGUGACCUCAUCUCAAAGAAUCCGCACAAGGUCCACUCCUUGAAUGUAGACGCAAUUAUUCGUGGUGGACUGCGACGAUAUACUGAUCAACUGGGUCAUCUGUGGAACUCUCUGGCGGAUUACUACGUGCGUUCUGGUUUAUUCGAUCGAGCAAGGGACAUCUACGAGGAGGCCAUUCAAACGGUGACCACCGUUAGGGAUUUCACCCAGGUCUUCGAUGAGUACGCCCAGUUCGAGGAACUGUCGUUGAACAAACGCAUGGAGCAGGUGUCUAACAAUGAAGCGGCAACCGAGGAGGAUGAUAUUGACGUGGAACUGCGUCUCUCGCGCUUCGAAUACCUGAUGGAGCGUCGACUUCUCCUAUUGAACAGUGUACUUCUGCGCCAGAAUCCGCACAACGUCCAUGAGUGGCACAAAAGGGUGACGCUAUACGAGGACAAACCCGCCGAGAUAAUCAGCACAUACACGGAGGCCGUGCAAACAGUGCAGCCGAAGCAGGCGGUUGGUAAGCUACACACCUUAUGGGUGGAGUUUGCCAAGUUUUACGAGGCCAAUGGACAAGUGGAGGAUGCCCGUGUGGUGUUCGAACGCGGCACUGAAGUGGAAUAUGUCAAAGUCGAGGAUUUGGCGGCGGUGUGGUGCGAAUGGGCAGAAAUGGAGCUCCGUCAGCAGCAAUUCGAGGCGGCUCUUAAGCUGAUGCAAAGGGCAACGGCCAUGCCGAAGCGAAAGAUCGCUUAUCACGAUGACACUGAGACGGUGCAGGCGCGUCUUCAUCGCUCUUUGAAAGUGUGGUCCAUGUAUGCUGAUCUGGAGGAGUCAUUCGGAACUUUCAAGACCUGCAAGGCGGUCUACGAGAGGAUUAUCGACCUCAAGAUCUGCACGCCACAAAUCAUCAUAAACUAUGGAAUGUUUCUGGAGGAGCACAAUUACUUCGAGGAAGCCUAUCGAGCAUAUGAAAAGGGUAUAUCUUUGUUCAAGUGGCCCAAUGUCUAUGACAUCUGGAACUCAUACCUUAGCAAGUUUUUGGAGCGUUACGGUGGCACUAAACUGGAGCGUGCAAGGGAUCUCUUUGAGCAGUGCCUGGAUCAGUGUCCUCCCGAGCACGCCAAGUACUUUUAUUUACUGUACGCCAAGUUGGAGGAGGAGCACGGUCUCGCCAGGCAUGCCAUGUCGGUCUAUGAUCGCGCCACGUCCGCUGUAAAGGAAGAGGAAAUGUACGACAUGUACAACAUAUUUGUGAAGAAGGCGGCAGAAAUCUAUGGCUUGCCUCGAACCAGGGAGAUCUAUGAGAAGGCCAUUGAAGCGUUGCCCGAACAGAAUAUGCGACACAUGUGCGUCAAGUUCGCCGAGUUGGAAACAAAGCUAGGUGAAGUGGAUCGCGCCAGGGCUAUCUACGCUCAUUGCUCACAGGUUUGUGAUCCCCGCAUCACCGCUGACUUUUGGCAAACGUGGAAGGAGUUCGAGGUUCGGCACGGUAACGAGGACACCAUGCGUGAAAUGCUGCGCAUCAAGCGCUCUGUGCAGGCCACUUACAAUACCCAGGUGAACAUGAUGGCUGCUCAGUUCUUAAACACGAACCAAGGAGCAGCUGCAGAUGCCGGAGCAGGAGCUGGACCGGAUGCUAUGCGUCAGUUGGAGGAGAAGGCCCGCCAAGCGUCAGCCGAGGCCAAACAAAAGCCCGCCGAAAAGGCAGCUUCCAAUAUUAUGUUUGUGCGCGGUGAAACCCAAGGAGGAGCCAAGGAUAAGAAGGAUACGGUGGUCAAUCCCGAUGAGAUUGACAUUGGCGACAGCGAUGAGGACGAGGAGGAGGAUGACGAAGAAAACGAGCCGUCGAAUGAGAACGGCGCCACCGAAGCAGCCACAAAAACCGAUGAGGAAGGCCUUGUAAUGAAGAAACUGCGCUUCGAGCAAAAAGCUAUUCCGGCCAAGGUCUUUGGUAGUCUCAAGCCCUCCAAUCAACGUGACUCCGACGAGGAGUAAAUGGUUAUAUGACUUAUUUUUUGGCGUAAAUACAUGUGUGUCGAAAGUUUUACUAUA